UGUCUGCAGUGCAGCUCGCAGAAGGCAAUCUUCUCAGAGUGACUGUGGAAGGGGCUUAUGCAGUCCCCGAAGUGUUUACUCCCACUGGGCCGCAACAGAAUUACAUGGUUGGCUUUCAGGUGCCAGCAAUUGGAGAGAAAGAGUGCCCUUUCCUGUUCAAGAAUGGGAUCUUGAAGCUUGGUGGUGAGAAGGAACCGGUACCCCGACCCAAAAAAUGGCCAGUCACAAACAUAUUAGCACCAGGGGCACAGAACAUCCCGGAUUCCUUUAUUGUCGGUGGAGCUUAUGAAGAGGAGGAUGGAGAGCUGAACACACUUGAGGAAAGGGAUGUCAGAAUCCAGGGAGAAAUAAUGAAAAAGAGGAUUGUGUGGGACUUGGAAAGGCGCUGUUACCUCGAUCCUGCAGCUGUGUUGUGCUUUCAGAAGCGGAUAGCAGAUUGCCGGCACUGGCCUGUGGAAAUCACCAGAGUGCCUGUAGUAACUUCCACGAAAGGAAAAGGUGGAAAAGGAGAGAAGGUAAAUGAUGAAGAACCAAUUUCCUUUCACGGUGUAGCUUAUGUCAACUUAAUCCCUUUGCUGUACCCUGGGGUGAAGCGGAUCCGGGGAGCAUUCCGAGUUUUAGCCUACCACGACAGUGAGGUGUUUGAAAGGACCAAGUGCCUCCUCAGUCUUUUCCGUGAUGUUGGUCACCAGGCAGCCCUCAACAAAUUUGGGGCAAUGGGGAUGUACACCCCACAUACCAAAGGUAUCCUUGGGAAGAACACCAAGGAGGACAAACCUGGAAAAGAGCUUAUCCUGAGAAAGGCAUCCAAUGUUCUAAGAAAGGACACAUCAGAGAUCACAAUAGAAGCUGCUGUGUCUGUGUGCCAGAACCUAGAAGGACAGCAAUAUGCAGAAUCUGGAACAUUUCUCGUGAUAGAGUUUGCAUUGGACAGAGCUUUGGUACCCAGACGUUUGCCAGAGGAACUUGCAAGCCGAGUAAGAGAAAUGAUUCCUCCACGCCCUCAACUCCCUCGAAGAACGACAGGAGCUAAGAAGGCAGUAGAAGAUUAUCAUACGCAAAUCGUCAGCAUCGCUGGCGCCAUCCUGGACGAGUACCACGAGUUGUUUGGAAGGCAGCUGGCUGAAGGGGUCACCCUCGACAGCCACAUGCUGGAGGAUCAGAAAUGCCAGCUCAACUACGAGCUCAACAGCUCAGGGAAAUACUUUGCCUUUAAGGAGCAACUCAAGCAUGCAGUGGUGAAAAUAGUGAGAGAAAAGUACUUGAAAACGACCGCCUUCGAGAAUCUGGAUCAGCUCCAAGCUUUCCUGAGCGAGCUGUAUGUGUACCUGGUGGAUCAGAUGCAUGUUGCUUUGAAUCAGGUGCUGUCCCAGCAGAGCCCGAGCCCCCCGCCUCCCUCUUUCACCACCUCUGAGCAGCUCCGGCUCUUCGCUCGGGAAGCCCAGGUCAAUGGAGAUUAUGACGUGGCCUCGACCUACUACCAGGAGAGGCUGGCCCGUGACCACCAGGAUAUCCAGAGCUGGCUGGAUUAUGGAGCCUUCUGUCUGCUGACUGAGAACAACCUCAAAGCCCAAGAAUGUUUCCGAGAGGCUGUUGCGCUGGAUCCCAAUCACCUGCACAGCCUGCUGCUUUGCGGUAUCAUGUCCGUGAUGCUGGAGAACUACGAAGAGGCAGAGGUCUUCUUUGAGAAUGCCACCUGCUUGGAGCCCACCAGCAUUCAGGCCUGGACUAUCUUAGGGCUCUUCUAUGAUAUCCAGGAAAAUGACAUUAGGGUGGAGAAUGCCUUUCACGAGGCAAUCAAGCUCCAGAAGGCCCGCCUGGCCAGGGAGCAGCCGUCGCUGGAGAGUGCAGACGCAGGAGCCCAGAGGCCCCCUUCUGCUCCAGCUUCAAGGGCGCAGUCGAUCAUCGCCUCCCGGGAUGAGAUGGCUUCCGAUGAAGUUCCAGACACUUCCAUGAAAACCCAAAUGGACUCUCAAGAGCCAGUCAUAACCCUCCGUGUGCCUGAAGAUGAUGCAGCACUCAAGGGAGCCAAAAGGCUGUCCGUAAUUUCAAGCAGAACCAAGUUGGGUUCCCUGAAAGAAACAAGCAAAGGGGGCGUAGUUGCAUUUGAAACCCAGCCUUGUUCAGUGCCACCUUCCUCGCUGCCCAGCACCACUAUCUUCACGGAGACAAUAAGCUUCCUGAUGGAGGUCAAUGCCAUCCAGUUUGUUCGCAGAGCAUUAGCUCAUGAGCUGCUCUGCCCUCAAGGAGGCCCUAGCUGUGAUUACUACCUGGUGCUGGCUCAGAUGUACCUGCUCAAGAAGGAAUACGACAAGACCGAAGAAAGCCUCGAAAUGGCGGUCCAGAUCGACUACCUGAAUCCAGAGGUGUGGGCCCAGAAAGGCCAUCUCUGCUACCUGACCGGGAACUUCAGUGAAGCAAAGGCCUGCUAUGAGCGAACCAUCAGUUUCGUAACAGAUGCAAAGGAUAUGCAUUUUGUGUACCUGCGGCUGGGAUCCAUCUAUCUGGAGGGGAAGGAGUAUGACAAAGCAAAGUACAUUUACCUGAUGGCCAGUAAGAAAUUGCCUUCUUGUCUUACGUGGCUGGGCGUGGGAAUUGCCUGCUACAGGCUCAAAGAGAUGGUGGAGGCCGAAGACGCCCUCUCCGAGGCCAAUGCCCUCAACAACAACAAUGCUGAAGUCUGGGCAUACCUGGCUCUGGUCUGCAUGCAGGGAGGGAGGCAACUGGAGUCAGAACAAUCAUACAAAUAUGCUGUUAAGCUGGAGCUUGUCAACAAGGAUUUGUUCCAGGAGAUCAAAGAGGUGCAAGCAGCCGUUGGCUUUGGUGAUCCGUCUUUCUGAACUCCUUCGAUUUAUGGGCACUUCUGCCUGAGCCAGGGGGAUGAACAAACCAUUGGUGUUACACCACAGGAAGUGACACCAGAUGCUUGCCAGUGGGCAGGCCACAAUCCCUCGAGAUGCUGGCACUAGCUACAUCCAGCGUUCAUUGUACAAGGGUCAUUGGAAUUCCAGGCAGCAGCUUUUUAAAUUCCCGAGAGCAAGAGGAGCAUCCUGGGAAACACGGGCAUCUAUCCUGGGAACAUCCCGUGCUCAUGGCAAGGAUCUACCCAUGUGGAGGCCUCACUGUCAGCCACAUGGGCUAGGAGGGAACUGAAAGAGCCCUGAUGCUGCCUGCCCAGGUUCCUGAAAUUAAAGACAUCCGAAUAUCAGCAUAAGUAAAGUUUAUUCUAACACACGUGUCAGUUCUGUGUGUGCGCACCCACGCAUGUGCGUACAGCAUCAAUACAGUGUGUGCAAAAGGGCAGGACUAGGGCAAAGGUCAGUUUGGAGGACCCAUUGUGUGAUAUUGGGAUAUUCCCAGAUCACCUUUAAUUUGGGGGAUACUGGAGCUCAGAGCUGAAGCAAAAUAACUAGUAGAAGACAGAGCCUGACACAAUGCUUUGCAUGACCUGUGGGAUGAUGCCCAUGAGUGCCAGCCCAUUGAGAGAUUCGUCAGAUGGGCUCACCUGUGGAAACAGCUUGUGGGAUAAGGAUGCUGCCAAUAUAGUUUAGGGAUGAAUGUUACUUUGGUUGCUGUUGCAAUGAUUCAGUUCUGUUUUAUUUUUAAAUUGCUUUGUGGAAAGGAAGGAUAUAGUUUGUGCAGACAGAUACACAGAGGAGCUUAGGAGUAGACAAAAAAAUGCCUUUCGCAGUGUCCUUUGCAGACUGCAGUCCUUUGUUAGGCUUACCUGCGUUAAGCCCCACUGAACUUAACAGAACUUACUUUCAAGAAAAUGCACACAGGAUUUUGCUACUAAUUAACUGCUCCUUUUUCCCUAUGCAUGUGUUUAUGAUUAAUUUCUGUUGUAGUUUUUUUUAAUGGCCCACUUUUAUUUUCUUUGGUGCAAAGCAGGAAAGGAUGCAUUUUCCAGAGAGCUGUUAUUAAGUUCAAUUUAAAGAAUGUAUACCUGACAUACCUAUGACUAUGUAAAGAAAAACAAGUAAAAUGGAAUUUGAGAAUGGGC